AUGGCAGCAAACUCUUCCCCUGUCUACAUCUUAGGGCUUGGAAGUAUCGGAUGUUUUGUCGCCCAUUCUCUUCACUCUCUAGCUGAUAACCCCCCCAUUACACUCCUGCUUCAUCGAGAGUCUCUGUACAGCGAAUUCACCUCCACGGGACAGAAAAUAAGCCUGCAGGUCGGGGAUGACGGAGAUCCAGACGAUCAAUCCGGCUUUAAUGUUGAGGUCUUAGGGAGCGAUGUCACACCCACAUCGCCAAUCCCUUGCCUGAUUGUCACAGUCAAAUCGUCAAUGACAGUAGACGCCAUCAAACCUGUCAAAGAAAGGCUCGGGCGAGAUUCUGUUAUCUGCCUAUUCCAGAAUGGCAUGGGCCAAGUUGAAGCAUUGAAUGAGCAGCUAUUUCCCGACCCAGCCACACGCCCAACGUAUAUGUUCGGAAUCGUUCGGCAUGGCGUCUACCUGAAAGCGGCCUUCCAAGCUGUAUUGGCUGGUCGCAAUGGCUGCGUCUCCCUCGGCUUUGUAGACGCCGAUGCCUCAGAUGUAUCCCGGCCGAGGAAUCGGUUUCUUAUCGACACCCUGCUCCGAUCAACAGCUCUCAAUUGCCAGGAAUUGGAAUGGACAUGCCUUUUGCGCGAUCAGCUUUUCAAGCUGGCAGCAAAUUGCAUCCUCAAUCCUCUCACGGCGCUGCUCGAUGUUCGCAAUGGCGUUAUUGCCGAGAUGGCUCAGGUCAGACCGUUAAUAAACCGCCUCCUGGAGGAGAUAUCAACGGUGUUUGGCCGGCUGCCAGAACUCCAGAAUCUUGCUACCGAUGAUCCCUCAUGCUUCUCCCCCGUGUCCUUGGAGGCCGUCGUCAUGGACACGAUCAGAAAGACAGCGGGAAACUCCAGCAGCAUGCGGGAGGAUAUCCGUCAAGGGAGACCGACGGAAAUCGAGUUUAUUAAUGGCUGGAUAAUCAAGCGUGGCAGGGAACUGGGGGUGGAUUGUGUGGCCAAUUCAUCUCUAACUGAACUGAUCCGGUCUAAGAGUAGUCUAUCUCGUUAA